GCCGCCCCGGGGCCGCGGCCCUGGACGGGGGCGCCGCGGGCGGGCAGCGGCCUCCUUGCUGUCACCCUCCGAAACUGCCUCAUGCGGGAGGAAAAUACACCCCAAAGCCGGGGGGGGGGGGAAUAGCAGCACCCUGCUCUGCCGCCCCGUAACCAUAGCAACCGUCAGCCCUUAAAAGGGGGGGGGGCAGGCAAAAAAUAAUAAUAAUUUUCGUGUGCGUGUCCCGGUGCUGCCACCAGCCCGGGCGCAGCAAGGGUUAAGCGCUUGCGGGGUGUGGGGGGAAGAGGCGCUCAGCCAAUGAGGCCCUCGUGCGCGUCAGUCGUGCAAGGGGGGGGCGGCCCGUGCGAGCGCCGCCGUGCAAAACAUCGCUCCGCCGUGCAAAACAUUCUGCCGUGCGAGCACCGCCGCUCCGCCGUGCAAACCAUCGCUCUGCCGUGUGAGCACCGCCGCUCCGCCGUGCACCGGGGCACGUCCCGCCCCGCUGCCGCCGCCAUGGCCCCCGAGGACCGGGCGGCCUUCCUGCACGUGGCGGCCGGCUUGGCCCUCUGCGUGGCCGCCGUGGCCUCGGGCGCCCUGGACGGGGCCGCCGUGGAGGUGGGCUACGACCGCUACGCCGAGCCGCCCGUGGCCUGGCUGCCGGGCCCGCUGGCCAUGCCCUGCAACGCCCUGGUCAACCUGGGCUACGCCGCGGCGGGCUGGCGCUGGCUGCCGCGCGCCGGCGCCGGCCCCCGCCGCUACCUGCAGGCCGUCUUCGCCGCCAUGGCGCUGGCCUACUGCCCCGUGCAGUGGGUCCGCGUCUGGACGCAGCGGCCCCGCGCCGCCGCGCUGGACCAGUGGGUGACCCUGCCCUUCUUCGCCUGGGCGACGGCGUGGUGCGACGCGGCGGCGGCGGGCUGCUGGCGCCCGCGGCGGGCGCUGCUGCUCGUCGCCGCCUCGCUGGCCAGCUACGGGCUGGCGCCGCUGCACCGCCGCGGCUUCGAGGCGGCCCUGGCGGGCCACGCGGCCGCGACGGCGGCGGCGGCGCUGCGGGCCCAGCGCCGGCGGGGCGACGCCGCCACGGCCCGGGCGGCCGCCGGCGCCGCCGCCGCCUUCGCCGGCUUCGCGGGGCUCAAGGCGGCCGACCUGGCGCUGGGCCGCUGGCCGCUCUUCCGCCGCUUCAGCGGCCACUUCUGGUCCAAGGUGUGCGACGUCCUGCAGAUCCACGCCGCCUUCCUCUUCCUCACCGGCCUGCGGCCGCCCCCCCCGGCCGCCGGCCCCCCCCGGCAAUAAAACACGCUGCCUCCCCCC